GGUGCUGGCGGCGCUGGAAGUAGCACUGGGUCUGGAGGCGGCGUUCGAGGCAGUUGUCACCAUGGCAACGCCGGAUACGACUCCACCGGUGGCAGUGGCGUCUGUCGUGACCCCGGUGACAUGCUGGGUAGUGGUGCUGCUGCUGCUGCUACUGUUGCCAGUGGUGGGGUUGGUGGUGGCGGCGGUGGUGGUGGUGGUGGCGGAGGCAGCAGCCUGUAUGCGCUGUGUCAGAUGGCGUCCGUCCACGAUGAAGAGGCGUCCAAGCUGUCUGAGGAGUCUACGAACAGCGGCGAUGAGCCGCCUCUGCCGAGCGGCACGCUGCAGCAGCAGUUGUUGCUCUACGCCCAGUCCAAGGGGGUAGGCGAUGUGUGCAUUCGCGUUGUCAAUGGCUUUCAUGCAAACGGACAUUAG